CCGCAGGGACGUGCCGCAGGGAGUGCCGCAGGGAGUGCCGCAGGGAGCGCCGCCACCAUGGACCCCUACCGUCGCAGCAGCUACGAUCACCAUAACACAGCAGACUUGGUCCACGGCUCCCGCUUCUCACUGGGCUCCCGGGACCGUAUCGCAGAUACCUUGGAUGCUUCUAUUCAGGUCGACCUGGCCGGGGACGUGAUCACGUAUGACUCCGACGACGAGGGUGACACACCGACGAGGAUGUCUGGGCGGCGACGGGGCGGCGCGGGCGGCGUGGGCGGCGCGGGCGGCGAGGCCAGCGGCGUGGGCGUGGCCAGAAACAAGCGGGGCACGCCCAUGUACUCCCGCGAGGACAUCAGGGAGCAGUACUGCAUCAACGACAAGGAGCUCCACGCCCUCGAAGCCACCAAGCGCAAGCCUAUCUUCGGCUGUCUCACCUCCGGGAACACGCAGCCGUCACCAUGCAAGAAGAAGAGUCUGCUCCCCGCGUGUCUGCGCGGGCGUGUGCCCUCCGACGAGAACGUGUACGUCAAGACGCACUCCGCCCACACCUCGCCCGCCCACCGCCGCACCCAGCAGCAGCAGCAGCAGCAACAGCAGGAGGAGAUUGACUACGACGACGAGAACUACUUCAAGCGACGACCUCAGACGAUCUGCUACACCGACCCUCGGAGGCUAGCCUCCCUCGACGACACCCUCUCUAGGAGUGGCCGAGCCCCACGGCCCAGAUCCGAGGUCCCCAACAGCGCGUACGACACCUACAUCGCGGCGGACGAUGCCGAGGCGGACGCUGCCAGACGGCCGACGCAGCUGGUCCUCACCUCGGGCGAGUAUCACUCGGCCGAGACCUUCCCUGAGGACAACACCAGGGAAGGAUACACGUUGCGGCGGACGGCCUACACCCAGCCCAACACGCCCGACCUGAGCCACUCUCUGCGCUUCAGGCAGGUCACCACGCCGGAGGUCUUCCUCGACGACCGGCCGCAGAAACACGUCAGCUUCCAGAAGGCCAUGAGCCGGUCGGCGACGGUGGGGGGCCUGGAGGAGCACGGGAGCCUCGGCCAGGACGACAACAACGGCCGAGGCAGCAGCAAGUCCGGCGGGUCGAGGAGCCACGAGCGGCUGCUGGACGGUCGACGGUCGCCGGACUACGUAGAGCAGCGGGCGCUCGACCAGCUGCUGGCGCCCGUCCUCACCAAGGCUCUCCUGCAGGAACCAGGUCACAAGAAACAAGGGAAGCCCCUUCUAGAUGUCACGAAGAAAUCAGGGGGUCGAGAGGUCGACUCUGAGGCAGGGUCACGCUCAAGAACUCCUUCCCUCAGGAGAAAGAAGACAGAAAAGAGAACGAUAUGUGUUCAGACCGAUGAGGUUUUGGGCUGCGACUUCCAGUGGGAUGUAGAGGGACAGGGAGGCGACGGUGGGGAGCAAGGUCCUCGGGGCGGGUCUCGUCUCCCCAGGAGAGAAGAGGCCGAUCUCGCUGACGAAAAACUGAAAAGACGUCAAAAGAAAAGCAAGAAAAAAGUGACAGUAAUUGUCGAAGCAGAGAAACCAGUCAAGAAGGAGACUGUCCACUUCAGCGACCAGCCUAACGAGACCAUUCAGCCAGUCAGUUAUUUGGACACUCAAGAUAAGCCCUCGAGAGUUAAAAACAAAAUAGCUGAGUCUCGUAGUAAUAUUUCGGGGCAGUGUGAGGCACCGUCCGGCGGGGCCGCGGUGGAACAGAAGGUGGUCAGUGGCUGCCGUGAGGCUGGCCAAGGUGAUGACAACAACGGAAAUCUACGCCCAGGAGGCAUUAAAAAGUCAGCAUCGCAAGUGAGCAAAGUUUCCAUGGGGAUGCAGACGGACACAGUGGCACCGUUAGUAUUAAAUAAUCGGAUUUUUUUAACAGAAGAUUUAGACACAAGUACAGACUGGCAAGGAGAGGAAAGCUCCAUUGACUGGCACACGAGUGCCAGUUCCUUAGCGUGGCACACUGACAGGAGCUCCUUCAACUGGCACACGGACGCUAGCUCCUACGCCAGGCACCUAGACGCCAGCUCCCUCUCCUGCAGGGAUGAUAUUAGCUCCUUCGCUCCUGAUUCACGGGAGGAGACAGACGAAGAAGACAUUCUUAAUAUGAACAUAGAUAUAUUAAGAGAGAGAAGACACAAACAGGUUCCGGAGGUGCUGGUGAUGGAGAACGUCGCUUGGGAUGGAGGAGGCGAGCAAAAUCAUCAGGUUCUUGCUGGAGUCUCAGAAUAUAAUGUAAAAAAGUCACCAGACCUAAAGAACGAAGCGGCGAGUAAAACAAAUCAGAUUCAUAAAGACCAAAAUAGAGAUAAAUACAAGGAAACGCAUAAAGACGAAGAGAUAUCAGCAGAGAACAUCUCGGAAAUAAAAGGGAAAGAAGAAGGUAGUCAAGAGAGCGGCGAGCAUUCUGAAGAUCAAGGGACGGACGCCAUGCUCCGACGGCUUCGUUUUCGGAGACAGAUGGCAGAAGAGUUCUUGCAACACCACGCGCAGGCCAACAAGGCGGACCACGAGCGCAGGCUGGCUACUGACAACUUUUCGUCAACUUUUCCCCGGAAAGACGAGAAAGAAGCGCGGUCCAACCUGGUACUGGCUACACCUCAGCCAUACCUCGAGGACUGGGAAGGCAAAGUGCCUCUGGAGACAUGUAAGACUUGGCCCAAAGUUUCUGUUGAUUCUCAAAGAUCGGAUGAUAUAGAUUUGCGAGCAUUUAAUGUGAUAUCUGUCCCUUGUUUGGCUGACGGAAGAAAAGGCGCCAAUAAAAACCCACGGCAUAAGACCAGUCACCUUGAAAUUAAUCUUGUAUAUAAAUCCGAACCGAAAAAUGAGCAGAAACGCGUAACAAUUAGUAAUAGCCAACCGAUAAUCAAUUUUGAUCUACAAGAAAAGAAUUCCUACAACAAGGUGACUUUUAGUGAUAACAAAUUUGAAAAUAGCCUUAACUGUGAUAAGCCAAAGUCAUUUAAUGAGAAUACAAAGACUAAACAACCAAGGAAGAAAAGGACGGAAACAAUGAGUUUAGACAGGAAAACAAAGCGGUCUCAACCAGCUGAAAUUUCGGAUGAAUACCCGAGGAGCGACAACGACUUGAGGACGCUCUCCGCGUCUCAGAAGAAACCGGCCCUCAAGCUGGGCACCACGAAGUCUCAACAAAGGAAAAAGAAAACGAGUCAGAAGGAUAUAAGUGAGUCUGCUCAUAAAUCCAACAAGGACCACGAUAAACCCAAAGAAGGAACGACGGAACAAAAGUUAAAACAAAAGGAACAGUUAGGAGACCGAAGAAACAGAGACUGGAAUCUGUUGUGUUAUACCACGGACACCAGCUCCACUCUCACUAACACCGACUCCGUGGGAAGGAGAGUUAAAAAGGUAAAGAAGAAAACUCUUGCGGUGCAGACAGAAGGCGAUAAUGUCAUUUCUGAACAAAUGGAAGAAGUGGAUGAAUCGUUUGGUGGUGUGAGGGAGCAGGUGACGGAGGCGGCAGCCACAAUGAAAGAGUUACCCAUUCUAGAAUGUGUAGUAGUGAAAGAAAAUGAAUCAUCCAAAGAAAACGAAUGUUCCACUCCAACGGUAACUUCACUGAGGCGGAAGAGAAGCAUUAAAAAGAAAACACAGUGUGUUCAAACCACUCCGUCUUUGGACGAACCGCAUAAUGUUUCUUUCUCUGCAGUCCGAAAUAUUGAGCAUGCAGAGAAUCACGGAGCGAAGGAUCGAGUUAAUCUCAGUCCUCCACUAAUAGAGCGAGAAGAUCGUAAAAAUACCCUCAAAUUACAAGUUCCGAUAGAGAGUCGAGAAGCGUCAGCAAAGCAGAGAAACAGUCACGCAGCUCCAGACACUACUUCCCUCAACACCAACACCAGCUCCUUGCGUCGAAUUAGAAAGGUAAGAAAGACAGCAGCAACAACCCAGACUGAUGACUGUCUCAACCCUGGCCUCUUGGAUAUUCCUCAAGGUAGCCAACCAGAUUCAAUUUCGGUGCGCACUAGCUCCCUCCGGCGCAUCAGGAAGACGGUGAAGAAGACGGUCGGUGUACAAACUGACGACGCCAUUCCAGUAUAUAUCCACAACCUGAACUUGACCGUAGCAGAGUUGGCGGGUAACGGCUGGGAGGAAGGGGCGGGGGAGGCAUUGCUUGGCUUGCCUCAGAGUGACUCUCUCAUCUACGUCAACAUUCCGGCGGCGCUGUUGGAGGUGGGCGAGUCAGGCAACGACGCUGACGUUAGUGAGGCCGAGAGCGACGACGUAGUGAAGAGGAGGUACGGCAGGGUGGUCGCCGCUCUCAAAGCCUGCAGCAAGGUGGAUGAGGACGAGGACGAGAAUGAGGAUGUCGGAGACGAGGCAGGUGUCAGAGGCGAGGCAGGUGCCGGAGGCGAGGCAGGUGCCGGAGGCGAGGCAGGUGCCAGAGGCGAGGCAGGUGUCAGAGGCAAGGCAGGUACCGGAACUCAUCAUGGAGAGACUAGGUUCGAAAAACUCAUCGGUGGAAACGAGUUUAGCAUUUCUGAGCUUGAUGUAACGUACGAUAUGGAACGCGAGAGCCAGAGACAAGGAGCUGCCGCGCUCGAGAGUGAUGAUGAUGAUGACGCUGGAGCCCCCGAUGGUGAGAGUGAUCAUGAGAGUGCUGCUGAUGAUCCAGAUGAUGGAAGGGAUCAGGAGGCAGAUGCCGGUGCUCCAGAAAUUUAUAGUGCUCACUAUCGUUACACAGGUGCCCCAGACGGGGAAAGUGACAACGACGAUGACACCGGCGCUCCUGAUGGUGAAAGUGAUCAGGAGGCUUCUGAUAUAGGUGCCCCAGAUGGUGAAAGUGAUCACGAAGGUUAUCAUAGAGGCAUCCCACAUGAUGGAGGUGAAUCAGGUGCUCCUACAGAUACAGAAGUCAACAAACCAGAAGAGAGUAGAGUGGAGCCGAGCAACAUGCGCGCUCCACCGAGCACUCCUGUGGACGCAGCACCAGAGACCACUGAAGACGACAGCGAUGAAGACGUUGGAGACAUCUACGUGGUUGACCACCACUACACUAGAGCAGCAGAGAGUACAGCUGAACGUGACAGUCCAGAGGGAGGAAAGAUGCAGCACUUCGACAUGAAUGUCUGCUUUGCGAAUAAGCUAGACAGAGAAAGUAGUGACGAAUCUUCAUGCAAAGAAAACGACGAUAUUGGACAUAGGAAGGUGGAAUAUGAAAUUCGUGAAAACAGUAAUGAGGAUGAAAAGUACGAAAAUCAAAAACAAGAAAACGCAACCAAACUGAGAGAGAAUAUUGGGGAAGACCUGACCGCGCUCACAACCUCUCAGGAGUACUCAUUAGACAAGGUGCCAGUGAUCGCUGUACAAGUAUUAGACGAGUCGCCGCUACAACACGACGGAAUAGAAGCUGAAAUGAAUAUGCAACAUGCGGCCAGAGCCUGGAUGGACCGGGAAUAUAGAGAAUUUGAAGUCACUGGAUUAAGAGAAAGUUGUGAGAGCGAGGACUCUACAAUUAGAGACACUGUCGUGGAGAGAGAGGUUCCCAAGCUAUCAACAGAAGGAUGGACGAAGCAGCAGGAGCAGGAAACAACACGCUCCGGAAGGAUGCUCUGUGACGCUCCUGUCAUACAGACACCAUUUAUGGUUGAAGAAAAUGCUUCGAUGUUAGAAAAUACGGGAGAUGGUGGUACUCUAGAAGUAGGUGAGGUCACAGAGUACGAAUCCAAUGACGCUGAUAGAGAAGAAAGAGCCAACACACCCGAUACAACAACAUACAUUUCUGGUAGCUCGUGUGAACUACAGCCAUUGUGUAAUGUUUUGGCGGAGGCGAGUGUCGACACUGAUAAGAAGAAAGCAUCUAAGCCCGAAAGGGAAAAAAGAACUUUCAUUAAGAAGACGAACUUCAUAGAAAAGAGAACUCUUCAUGAGAGAGGAUCCUUUGUCGAAAAUCGACAAGACAUCAAAUCAGAGAUAGAUGAUGGUUUGUGUUUAGAUGUUGGUAGAGGGCUGAGUGCUGGAUCUUUGUCAUACGGGAACAAGACCAUUGGCAGCGAGCAAGAGGCUGCUCUAACGGCGCAUGUUAGUCAACAAGACUACAAAGAUCAACCAUCUGCCUCAGGGGCUCAUGUGAAGGAACCGAGUGCUUCGAAAGCUUACCCUAAGAAACCAGACCAUGAAGGCCACCCGUGUGCUUCAGGGGCUCUUGCUCAACAGCCAGGCCGAAAAGAUCACCCAACUCCCAAAGACAUUGCUUCUGAGGACAAAAAUACUGCUCAAGAAACUCAACUUAACACAGACAAACAAACGGAAGAACAACAACAACAAAGCCAUUUUAGGGAAGACCCCAUAUACAAAGACAAACAAAAUAUACAAGCAAACGAACUUGAAAUAAACAAAUCAGAAGUAACCCAACAUUUCCAAGAAAAAGAGGUCGACUCCACCGGCCAACCAGACGAUGAAGAAAGUGUUGGCGAAGCCUCUGAGGUCCCUCGAGGGACCAACAAGGUUGACAUGAGGUCCUUCGAGUCAGGUCAUACCUUCAGUGAUGAAGACGAAGAUGUCGUUGUAAUAAGCUACAAAAGAGCCGGCCAGGGAAAAAUGGACAUGAGCUAUGUCUCAGAGACGGUGGAAGAUGGUGCUGCAGAAGACUUUAAGGAACUCUCAGAAGGUAUUCUACAGGAAGAGGUUAAGGACGCAUCAGAUGGUAGACUACAGGAAGAGAUUAAGGAGCUACCGGAAGGUAGACUACAGGAAGAGAUUAAGGAGCUACCGGAAGGUAGACUACAGGAAGAAGUUAAGGACGCAUCAGAAGAUAGUCCGCAGGAAGAGGUUAAGGAACUUCCAGAAGAUAAGCUAGGACAAAGUAGUUUACAAGAGAAGAUUAAGGAGCUACCAAAAAGUAGUAUACAGGAAGAUGUUAAGGAACUACCAGUAAGUAGUCUACAGGAAGAUGUUAAGGAACUACCAGAAGGAAGUCUACGGGAAGUGGUUAAGAAACUAGCAGAAGAAAGUCUACGGGAAGAGGUAGUACGGGAAGAACUUCCAUCAGACAGUCUACAGACUGAAAGAAAUAUCGUCGAUGUGUUUCCAUCUACCUUUCAACAAACCAGAGACCAGGAAGAGAGUAAAGCCAGGGAGAAGGAGAAGGUGAAAAGGCCAAGAAAACCAAGGAAAGGGAACAUAAUUGAAAGAAGGUAUGUUGACAAAAUGGAUGCGCGCCAAAACACAGCUGAUGAUAAAGACAAAGCAAGAGAGGAGUGCGCACAGAGGCAGCAGCAAACAAUAACAAACGAAGACCAAUAUGACGUGGAGAGGCAGCCACAGGGAGCUGCUCUUGGCCAUGGAAUGAGAAAGAGAGAAGAGCAGGUACAACAACACAUGGUUGAUAAUGGCGGGGCAAUACCCAAAGAGGAGAAGAAAAAGAAACGGAGACCAAGGCAAAGGAAACAUAAGAACAAGAAGGAGGGAGAUGGCAUAUGGGGCAUGGGAGCAGGAGGAGGAGGAGAGGUUGAGCCCCAGACUGCUCACCUCCACGGAGACACAGUAGGCAGCCACAGCCAGGCUGUAUGCCAGUAUGGGGAUACAGUAGGCGACCAGAGACCGGGUGCCUACCACCACAGCGGUACAGUAGGCGACCAGAGACAGGCUGCCUACCACCACAGCGGUACAGUAGGCGACCAGAGACAGGCUGCCUAUCACCACAGCGGUACAGUAGGCGACCAGAGACAGGCUGCCUACCAACACAGAGACACAGCAGGCAGCUGUGGUCAGGCGGCACACCAUCACGGAGGCACCACCAGAGAAACAAAGAGGAAGGAAGGGCUCAAAGAGGGAGAACUGCAACAAGUUUACGAAAACAAAGACGAAAGAGAAUCUACAGGUGAUAAAAGAAGUACGAAGUACACGAAAAGUGAUGAACAAGGCGAAAGAACAAAAGAAGAGAGUUUUAAAAAGACAGAUUAUAAACCCUGGGCAGAUGAAGUUGAUGAAGAAUAUUCUAAAGAAUGGAGUCCACUCGGAGUUGAAGAGAGAACACGAGUUCUCUCAGGCUCACGGGAGAACGACAAAAUUCAUAAGGUUCCCCAAGGCAUAAACUACGUUGAAAAGAUAAAAGGGGACGAAAGAGAGGGAAUUCAUAGAGAUACAUUGGCUGACUUUGAGGCACUGACAGAGGAGGAAACUUCGUAUUGUGAUGACGAUUCGAGUCAGUACGAGAACUCGAGUCGUUGCGAGGAAGAGAGCGAGGAUGCAGGUGAGGGAGGAGGAGAGCAGGAUGCCUACGAGGAGUACCUCAUGAUCCGCGAAGGGAACAUCCAGGAGGAUAUCAAAGCCGUGGAUCUUAUCUUCAAGGACGUAUUCAAGGAUUACAACAGCGGGGAGUUUUUGGCAGACGCUGACAUCUCCCAGAGCGAGUACAGCGAGCACCAGCAGGGGGCAAGAGGCGGGCUCCAGCUGCAGGAGGAGAAGGACCAGCUUCAGAGGGUGCUCGAGGGCGCGUCUCCGGACACCCAUCCACCUGCUGACUGCCACCCAACGUCUCAGAGACUGGAUUACCACCUUUCUCAAGGGAUUAUUAAACUUGCCACGGGAUCUAAAUGUUCAGAAAAGGAGGAAGCCUCUGUGCAAGACGCCUCCUCGCACGCUGGCGAACUGGAAGAGAAACUGAAGCGGUCAUGCAUGAGGACCCAGGCGACCCAGACGGACGUCGGGGCGGUGAGGAAGUCCAUGCCUCACCUCUCGCUCGGUUCCGCCAUUGACAAGGCUGAAAUGAUCUCCCAGGGCGCUCAGACCAACGGUGACGGUGGGCGACGCAAGCUGGUCAAGAGCCUGUCUGAGGUGGCGCGCUACGAGGGCAUCCAGUACGAGAUCUACGACCUCGACGACUUAAAUCAAUCCCCACUGCCCACCAGAGCCAUGUCCGAGGCACCCCUCAUAUUUCCCCCAAUGUUCUCUACCUUUGAUAUACCCUUAGAUGAAGGACCUCCUCCCCCUCCACUUAAAUUCCGGCAAAAUUACCAAGAAAUUUUUAUUGAUUCUUCCCCCCGAAAGCCUCGUCGAGGCUUACUACAUAAAACGCUUUCAGAGGGAGAAAUCUUAUCAGAGCGACGGAAAGCGCUGAGUCUUGCCUCAGGGUACAUCGAGGUGGACAUCAAUGGCUACAGUGACAAUGAAGAAGAGGUUAUUGAGCCUCAGUGUGUUAACGAGGUCUGUCGUGACCUCUCUCGUAGUAGAAUAUUUACUCCAGAAUCUUUUAUAGAGGAGGAAGAAGAAUUCCAUGAAAAUAUGCUCCACAAAGAAAUUCUUCCUUCCAUUUUACCUUGUGAGAGAAAAUUGUCACAAAUAUCAACAGAUUCUGAUUUAAAAACUUUUGAUCCCAAUGAAUUCCGAACGCCUGAACACUUGCAAAGCCAACUCGCAGCCUUAUCAUUAGAUUCACUUGUCGAAGGUGGGCCAUCUCUGCUGGAAACCGGAUCAUAUACGGAAGGGCUCAGUGCUAGGGACGGUUCGCCGAUGUUGUACGUCGGGACGCCCAGUGAAGCCACAGGAGUUGGGGAAUUUGGGGAUCACCUUGAAGAGUCGAUGAGUGAGAGUCAAGUGACGGUGGUGCAGCGGGCUUUAGUUGCUUCUUCUCAGGUCAUUACGUCAGACUCAGAAAAUGGGAGCUUCCACCUGACGGACCACUCUUCGGCUGCCACAACACCCUCUACACGUCACAAAAGCCUCCCUGCUGCUGGCAGUUUCGAGGAGGACCUUGAUGAAGACCUUCUGCCACGUUUACGGGUAUCGAGUUUCGUUCACAGCGCCACCACUCUGUCUUCUAUUGAAGAUGAGCAAACGAGUGUCAGUGAAAUUGUUGUUUCUGACAGUUCUCAAGGUGUGACAAUCAGUACAUCUAGUGAUUUUGACAAAGCCAUAAUUUGUUCCACUGACAAUGACUACAGCUCCAUACGAAGUGGAGAAUCUUUGACAAUAAAAUCUGAAGUGCUAGAAGAAGAAGAAUUUGAAGGUGAUAUUGUAAUAGAAGAAAAUAUAAUGGCUAAAUUAGUUCAGGAAAUGAAAGACGGUGAGUCAGCAUCGCAAACACCAAUCAAAACUUCCGAUUUCCGGGAUGACGCCAGAAGAAUGGCCUCCCCGGAGUCGGACUCGUCCAGUAGUCUCUUCACAGAGCAGGAAACGUCCAGGAGUCCGGUAUCGGGAACAACCAACACAAUGACGUCCAAAUCUGACCUCUCCCGCACCGACUCCCAUCCAACUGACCAAUCAGAGACCUCGGAAGAUUACAUUACAGCUACAGAGAACAGCACCCACGAUCAAGAUGCCCGUCGAAGUUAUUCUUUAGAGGAAAGACACGUUUCAUCUCCACCCGGAAUGGCCGAUAUAUAUGAAGAUGAAGCCUUAACCCCCAAAAUCCUGAGUCCUGAGACGAGCGAGGUGCUGGCCAGCCUGCAGGAACACCAUGAGCUGAGCGACAUCACGGAAGGAAUCAGCGUUGCCAGCGACUUUGAGACUGCUCAGGACCUCACUUCUCCUGAUGGCGACACUACCACUUCAGCCAGUUAUUACAUUGAUUAUUCUAUAGGCGAAGAAUUUGAUAAAAUGUCAGAAACCAAAAUCAAGCCAGAGAUCCCACCCAAACCUACCUUCAUACCAAAGCCAGACGUGCCACCUAAGCCAGAAAGACUAUCACCUUCAAGAGAAAGUUCUCCAUUGUCUUUGGAUUCUCGGGAAGCUGAUGAAUAUCAGUCCCAGGAUCUUGAAGUGGAAACAACAGUGAAAAAAAGAGGAAAGCCUGCAGAAGAAAGCAAGACAGGGGCCAUCAAGAAGCGAUAUUCUGCUGGAGGAAAAGUUGCCAAGGAUGAUAACAGAAGGUAUUCGAGAUACUUCGAGGACAACGACAAAGGUGAGCUGUCUGAGCUUCGUGGUCAACAGUCAUGGUCUGAAGAAGAAAGAGAAAAGACUAAGCAGGCGUUAAAAUUAGACUUUCCUCCUGGUGUUACUAUGUUUGGGGAGGCCCCCAGCUGGUCAGACCAAGAUAAUUUGAAAACUGGAGAUGUGGAAAAGAAACUUAAAGUUUUUGAUAAACCUAAAAAAUCCGUUAAAAUUGAUCUUGCCAGCGUCGAGGACCUUCAGGCAUUGCGUUCCAAAAACGGAAGCCCAAAUGAUAAAGAAAAGGAAGCUCCUGUAAGUGAAGCCAAGCAGUUGAAAAGUAAGCAUGAUAAGGUCAAGCGUAAAUCCGAGGAGAUCACGACUCCAGGUAUGGUAAGAAGCCCAGCAAUGCAUGAAGGAUUCAGACUCGAAGACUGGACCCCUGUUCGUACCCCUCUCACUCCUGACAGAGUUAUAGAUCUUGAUACAUCUGAUGAAUCAUAUUCUGAAUCGCCGAGAUACCCACCGAAGGGUCGAAGCCCAGGCAGAAGAUCAAAGGAAAGCCCAGGUAAGAAGGGUGAAACCCCCAAUGUUCCCACGGAGAGUCCUUUAAAGCAAAUGAGUGAAAUGCAUGGGCCUGGAAAGAUCAUUGAAAUGACUAGAGAAAGUCCAAAACGUUCAAAUGGGCUGAGUAAGAGUCCAGAGAAACAACUAAGACAGAGUCCAAGACGGACAGGGCUUCAACAGACUAGUCCUGUGAAGGACACUGUCGUUACAAAUGUAGAAAAAGUAGUCACUCUUCCAGUGGAGAUCCAUCAACGUCAGAGCCCAGUAAGAUUCCAAAAAGCCGGAAGCGAACCAGUAAAAAGAUUGAGUGAGAUUCCUGUCGGUUCGGCGCAUGAAACUCCUGAGGUGAUAAAGCGGUACUCGGCAGACAUAUCCAUCGGUAGGAAAGGCAGUCAAGACCUCCUGAAGCCGGCUGGCCCUGUCACUGGCUAUUUGAGAACAGGCAGCCAGAGUCCCACUUCAAGAGAAAGACCAUUACAGUUACCGGAGAGCAAACUACUCGCCAUUGCUCCAAUGAAAGAUUCCCGAAGAAGUGCAGAGUCCCUCAGAUCGAUGAGUCCUGGUUCAGACAACGUGUUCUUGAGCGGUAGUCGUGAACAGCUUGACGAGGACACCCGGCCAGCCCUCUGUGUCCAGUGUGGCGAACGACCAGCGUCCAGGGAAGACCUGCUACGACCCUCACCACCAACCAGCACAGGAGUGACCGUGGAGCGAUGCUUCUCUGACAGAGAACCCUCUCGACCCCGUACAGUUGGGUAUCGGGCCAAGUCCGAGGAAAGAAACUCUUUCACCAAGGACUGGGGGAUGACGCCCAUCAGCCUGGAGCAGGGAGACACGCCUCGACACGACAGCGACAAUGACGAGAAAGGCAUUUACGAUGACCCCUACCAUAACUGUCCCUGGCUCUACGUCAGCCCUAGCGACGAAGCCAAGGUGUGGCGACGGGACGAGGGGUCGCCGAGCCCCCUGCCUCAACACCUCAGAAUACCUGGCUUCGACGACGACGACGACCUCGAAUCCGACACUGCGCCCGACUCCAGGUCAGACUCGAGGCAGGACACCUUGAGAGACACGGCGGAGAACGGCAUCCAGGACAUCCUUCAGGACUCAGUCAUACAGGAUAUUAUGCAAAUUCCAGAUGCCAAGGGUACCACGCCGGACACAUUGCUAGUUCAACAAGACACUAAGGGCGCCAUAGAUGAUGAAGCGAAACAAAAUGAUACAAGUAGACGCGGGUCGCUGGAGUCGACGUGCAGCGAGAAGGACUUCAGACGCCGGUACCAGGCCAUCACCCACCGGAUGGUUCACCGGAAGGCCUCGGUGGAGAUGUACCAGCGCCUGGUGCAGGGCGCCUUCCAGUCGGAUAAGACGGUCACUGUAAGCAGGGAGUCGGGAGAGUUCGGGUUCCGGAUCCACGGUUCCCGGCCGGUGGUCGUGUCGGCCAUCGAACCCGACACCCCGGCCGAGACGUCGGGCCUGGAGGUCGGGGACAUCAUCAUCAACAUCAACGGUGCCAACGUCCUGGACGCCUCCCACUCGGAGGUGGUCAGACUCGCUCACGCCGGUUGCGAUACCCUUCGCCUGGAGGUGGCGAGGACGUGCGACGUCUUGACCCCCCUGGUGACCCAUGACCCCACUCCCCUGUGUGCUGGCUACCUCUACAAGCUCGGGGGCGCCCACCACACCCCCGGCUCCUCCACCAUCGUCAGAAAGUGGCGCAGACGCUGGUUUGCUCUCAAGAAAGACCACUGCCUUUAUUAUUACAAGUCAGAAAUGGAGCAACACCCACUAGGUGCUGUCCACCUCCUGGAUUACAGCGUCCACGCCCUGGUCGACGUGGGCAAACCCUUCUCCUUCACUGUGGCCAAGUUUGGGGGCAUGACCUUGCAUCUUGCUGCCCACACAGAGGAUGCCCGCAACCGCUGGGGUCAGGUCAUCACCCAGGCAGCGUUGGAGGCUGCACAGAGGGAUGAACUGAUGGAGAUCUCGUGCCGUCGUGUACAACAAGCCCCAGCGUCCAUAGCCUCCCCGGACUGUUUUGGGUUCCUAUACAAGCUGGGAGCGCGCUGGCACCAGUGGAAGAGGCGGUACUGUGUUCUGAAGGAUGCCUGCCUCUACCUCUACCAUGACACAGAUGCUACGCAAGCUAUAGGUGUGGUCCACCUGCACGGAUACAGGGUACAGAGCACCAGCAUAGGUGGAAAAAAACACGCCUUCGAACUCCUGCCUCCUGUACCCAAAUUUAGACAUUUCUACUUUUACACAGAAUCGGACAGUGACAAAAAGAGAUGGUUAGCAGCCUUAGAAUACUCCAUAGACAGAUGGAUCAAAGUAGGCUGAUUCCAGUUUUUCCCUAGUAGCGCCGUGAGUGGACUGGGAUGUGGUUUAGUCAGGUUUUGAGUCUUCAAUAUAACUUGAAAACGACUUCUUAAAGUUCUCUGCCACUGAAGCUGCUUAGUGGCAACUUGGUCGAGAGAGCAAGGACUUUGACUCGUAAAGUUGUGAUACAGUGUUGAAAAAGACAGCCAAUCAAAGAUUCUCGUGUAGAUGGGGGUUUGCUCGGAUGUUCUGCAAGGGAUUUUCAGCAUUCAAUCAAACAGCCUAGAAAUGAAAUAACUUUUUAAAUUUAUAUUUAAGGCUCAAAGUUUCCAGUGUUAUCACAUCAAUCAGCAAUACAAGCGAUAGUCAUAAAUAUAUAGACCAGAAUAGCAACAAAUAUUGCUUGGUGUAUUUUUCUUAACAAUGACAAUAUUAUGGACUUGUUGUUUAAGUUUGGUCAAAUGUUUUUUAGUUUAGACUACUGCCAUAGGUUAGUGCUGAGGGUUGUUCAUAAAAGAUUCAAUAGAUACAAAAUGGCCAAAAUGUGACGAGAACUGUAAAUUCCAUUAAAAAAAUCCAAGUGAUUCUUUUUACACCAUACUGUAUUCAAUCGCCCUUAUUAUACAGUUUUGUUAAGUGUCAACAAAGUUGUAGAUUUUGAUAUUGAAAGUUUCACGAGUGCAGUAAACGCAACGUUUUAUUAUGUACAGCAAACGUCUUGAGCUACAAAUUUGUAUAUAGAAGUUGAUUUCGAAGCAUUCAACAUUUACUGAAUCUGUAAAAAACCAAAAAGGAGUACUGUGUACAGUACAAUAUUUUGUUACAUUCUGUUUUUAGAAUUAUUCUAUAGUUGUUACUUGAUCAUUUUUUUCUACUUUUGCACAUUUUUGAGUUAUCAAGUUUCUACUAGAGACUGAACUUUGAAAUCACUGCAAUUUAUUGAUUUACUUAAAAAUAAAACAUUUUAUCCCAAGCUGUUAAUAACUUAAGAUAUAAAAUCUUAAGUUGUUGUUUCAGUUCAACUUAUUUAUUCGAACUAUAUUACCAAGAUAUAGUGAUAUAUAUUUUUUUGCCUCCCAUCACAUGGUGUAUGCUCUUUAUAUCCUGUCCAAGGAGGAGAGUGUUGCAUGGUUACUAUGCAUAGUUUUGCGGUUAAUAAUGUCCUUCCUAUGGACACUAUAGUGUUACAUACUGUACAGAGAGGUGCAUUUUAUAUCUACACACACGAAUGUGUAUGCCUUGAGUACUCUGCGCACAAACACAUUGUGGUAACCAGGAGCAGUGUGGCACAUUUCUUGCAUAUAUAUAUAUAUAUAUAUAUAUAUAUAUAUAUAUAUAUAUAUAUAUAUAUAUAUAUAUAUAUAUAUAUAUAUAUAUAUAUAUAUAUAUAUAUAUAUAUAUAUAUAUAUAUAUAUAUAUAUAUAUAUAUAUAUAAUAUAUUGUCAGUUUGGUGAUGGGUGUUGUUCUUAACUUGCAUCACUUGACACAAACUAUUCUAGUCGAUUUUGAUCAUACUGAAAAUGUAGUUUAUAUAUUUUCUCUUAAUAUUAUUAUGUGAAUAUAAACGAAUGUAGAGCACCAAAUAGGAAAGUUUUUUUUUUUUAUGGGCAAAUAUAUAUAUAAAAAAGCAACGGUAUAUUUUGUCCAUAUAUUUUAUUGAAUACAAAUUAUAAAUAAUGCUCACCAAACAGCAUAUUGACUUUAUUAUAAACUUCAUAUUGAUUUUAUUAUAAACAACAUGUUAUUUAUGUUGGUAUUUAUAUUAAAUUUUAAUAGUGGGUUAAUUUACUUAAAACAUUCUCCAUCUCCGCACAUUAUGGUUUUUAACAUACAACUACGUGACAUAUUUAAAGUUUGUGUUACAAAGGUGUACUGUAACUUUGCCUUCACCAUUCUCUGCAGCAACUUGUAGAUUACAAAUGUAAACGUCACUCAUUUAUAAAAUUUAGGUUUCCUUAAUGAUUACUUCUCCAAAAGAUUUUUGUUGUUGUUCAGUAAACUAAUGGUAAAGCUCCAUUUUCAGCUGGAGACUCAAGGUACAGUGUGCGAGCUGGAAGAUAUUGACACAAUGUGCCGACUGGAAAUAUUUAUGGUAUAGUUCACCAGCUGAAAUGGUACAGUUGGCCGGCUGGAAGGCUUCAUAGUAUAGUUGGCCAGCUGGAAGGCUUCAUAGUAUAGUUGGCCAGCUGGAAGGCUUCAUAGUAUAGUUGGCUAGCUGGAAGGCUUUAUAAUAUAGUUGACCAGCUGGAAGGGAUCAUGGUACACUUUGGUCAGCUGGAAGGCUUUAUAAUAUAGCUGACCAGCUGGAAGGUAUAAUGGUACUGUUGGCCAGCUGGAAGGUAUAAUGGUACUGUUGGCCAGCUGGAAGGUAUAAUGGUACUGUUGGCCAGCUGGAAGGUAUAAUGGUACUGUUGGCCAGCUGGAAGGUAUAAUGGUACUGUUGGCCAGCUGGAAGGUAUAAUGGUACUGUUGGCCAACUGGAAGGUAUAAUGGUACUGUUGGCCAGCUGGAAGGUAUAAUGGUACUGUUGGCCAGCUGGAAGGUAUAAUGGUACUGUUGGCCAGCUGGAAGGUAUAAUGGUACUGUUGGCCAGCUGGAAGGCUUCUUAGUACAGUUUGUCAGCUGGAAGGUAUCAGUAUUUUUGGCCAGCUGGAAGGCUUUAAAGUACAAUGGAGCAACCGGAAGGCUUCAUAGUACAAGUGGCCAAAAUGGAAAUAUUUAGGGAACAGUUAGCCACCAAGAAGACUUCAUGGUAGAGUUGGCCAUCUCGGGAAGACUUCACAUUUCAGUUGGCCAACUGCAAGGCUUCGUUCUUCUAACUAUAUUUUGAAAGGUAAAAUUUCAUCAAAAUAAGUAAAUAUAUGAUUUUUAAGCAGUGGGUUAUGAGAGUACCAUAAACACAGUGUUGAAGAUAAUCAUUGAGCAAUAACAGGUGAGAAUAUGGAGACAUAUCACACUGCAUCUUUCUCCACUCCAAAUGUUAUGGUGCAACAUUCAGUAUACAAACAAAUAAAAUAUAUUUAAAAAUGAGUGAUAGUUUCUAAAUAUUUUGUUAUAUACAUAAUGUUACAAAAGCAAGUGACUGAUUAUGUACACAAAAGCCAAACAACUCUUAAUUUCAUUUCAGGGUUAAAAAUAAAAAAAGUGUUGGUAUUUCCAUGCCAUUUAUUUCUGGUAGCAUUUAUUGUCUUACCAAAUUAUUCAAAUAGUAUUCACCUAGUAAUAUACAUUUUUGCUCCUAAGAAUUUACAGAGCUUCGUUAUACAUUUUCCUCUUUCAUAGGUACAGUAUUUCAAAACGAAUACAGCAUUAUUUAAUAUUUGUAUAUAAAUGCAAAGCAUUUAUAUUCAGCAUAGAUAAUCAUUAUGGUACAUAAGAUUUCUACUAUUUCAUCUACAAUAAACAUAUGCAAGAUUCAAGUUGACAUAUUGGACGAAACCAAUUUAUGCUUGGUGACACAGAGUACUCCGUGGUCAUAAUUUAUAAGUCCUUGUUAAUAAUGUAAAUAAUAUGCAAAUGUUCCUUAAUAAUAUGGUACUGAUCCUAUUGAUUAAGAGAAGUGUAAUAUAUAUAUAAAAGUGCAACUUUUAAUAAUGGCAUUGGCAUGUAAAAUAAUAUUAAAAAAAAAGACACCAAUAACGGUGCCUAUUUCGUCCAAAAUGUAAAAAAAGGGGGAAAAAAUUGUCGUCUUAAUCUAUUUUGUCUCUUUUUGCCUCUUGUUAAACUUCUUACUUUAUCUACUACCCAAUCUUUUGGUAAUUAAUAUAUAUUACUUGAUAUCAAAGGCAUACUAAAUAGACAGCUCUAUUAGUAUAACAUGUCCAACGGUCAGUCAUUGUGGAUCUUGGCAUAUAUUUAAUUUUUGUACUCCCAUCUGUAAGUCUUUUUAGAAAACAUCUUGAUCACUUUUCGCUCAUGUGACACAUGUUCUAUUUUCUAGUCAGCCUCCCACUUUGUGCAAUUUUUGAAAACAGUUUUGUGCCAAAUCUUAGUAUAUUCUGAUAUGAGGAGUGGCAUCUUCACAGUUGUCGUUAUUAUGCUGACACGAGUGACAGAUAUGAAGCGUGACACCUUUACAGCUGUCACUCGUAUACUGACACGAGUGACAGAUAUGAAGCGUGACACCUUUACAGCUGUCACUCGUAUACUGACACGAGUGUCAGAUAUGAAGCUUGACACCUUCACAGCUACCACUCGUAUACUCGGGUAUUACAAACUAUACUAUAAUAAUGACGUUUCACUACCCUGACUAUGUGCAGAGGAUGGGCCUUGUGAAUACCUUAGGGUUUCUAUUUGAUAUUUGGGUCUUUUUACUCAUUUGAGACUCAUGAAUGGUUGAGUAAUUGUGUAAGUGUUCUGUGUGCUGUUUUCUAUCAUGAUGACUGUAAUAUAGUUUAGAUAAGAGAAAGAAGAUGUUUGUUUGAGCCAAUAAAAUGUGGACCAGA